AUGAAGCCGGACAUCAAUAUUGCCAUAGACCGCGGUGGUACAUUCUGCGAUGUCAUUGCCUCGAGCGAUGGCCGAGAUAGCUUGAUAUUCAAGCUGCUUUCGGUGGAUCCGCAGAACUAUCGCGACGCUCCCACUGAAGCCGUUCGCCGAGUCUUGGAAACCUUUGAGGGCCGCUCCAUCCCACGUGGAGAACUCUUGGAUGGCUCUCGCAUAGCUUCUUGUCGCAUUGGCACCACCGUUGCAACCAAUGCUCUUCUGGAACAAAAAGGCGAGAGGUUCGCUCUGGCGACCACGAAAGGUUUCCGCGAUAUUUGCGUAAUCGGUGAUCAGACCCGUCCGAAGCUUUUCGCGUUGAAUGUCAAGAAAGCAGAAGCUCUGCAUCAUGACGUCGUUGAGAUAGACGAGAGAGUGACCGUUGAGGAUUAUGAUCUGAAUCCACUCCCCAUGGAUAAAGAUGUCGAGCUCGUCGACCCGGACUUGGUUCGUACUGAGAGUGGCGAGAUAGUCCGCAUCCUCAAGCGCAUCGAUGAGGAACUGGUCCGGACGCAGCUCCGCGCCUUGAGAGAAAAGGGCUACACGUCGCUUGCCAUUUCUCUCAUGCACUCCUACCUCUUUCCCCAUCACGAGAAGAUUGUCGCUGCGUUGGCGCGGGAAGAAGGUUUCAGAUACGUCACCACUUCGUUCGAAACUUACCCCACCAUCAAAUAUCUACACAGGAGUACUUCGGCCGGGUUCAAGGUUCCCCCUCUGCGCGUAGAUUUCAUGUGCUCCGACGGAGGCUUGAAGCAAGCAGAAAAAUACAAAGGCAACGAGGCUCUCCUCAGUGGCCCGGCUGGUGGCGUUGUCGGCGCAGCUCAUACCUGCUUUGAUUUUACCGAGGGGACUCCGGUGAUUGGCUUCGACAUGGGUGGCACCAGCACGGACGUUUCUCGCUACGACGGCAAGUACGACCACGUCUCUGAGGCCAGUAUAGCAGGGAGAGUUAUCAGAGCCCCGAUGUUGAACAUCGCAACCGUAGCUGCCGGGGGUGGCUCCAUUCUCCAUGCUCGUAAUGGCUUGCUGGCUAGUGCUGGUGCCGACCCAGGGCCAGCUUGUUACAGAAAGGGAGGCCCGUUAACCGUCACCGACGCAAACUUGUUUCUGGGCCGUCUUGUUCCCUCCUCCUUUCCUGCCAUAUUUGGAAAAGGAGCCGACCAACCUUUGGAUGCUGAUAUUGUGAAGGAAAAGUUUCAAGACCUCACCGUGUCCCUCAAUAAGCAGUCUUCGAAGCAAUAUACUGCCGAAGAGGUUGCACUGGGCUUUCUUCGAGUUGCUAAUACAACCAUGAGCCGGCCGAUCCGAAAUAUUACUGGUGCUAACAUCUUUAAGAGGCCCGUGGAUUCGCACCUGAUCGACACAAUCUCUGCAGCUUCGGUGGAGCUGGUGGCCUACGAGAUUGUCGAGCCUUUCGUUGGCAGCUUCAAAGAAUCGCUUCACAUUCCUAUUGACGCUAAGUUUGAAGCGCUAAAGGUAAAAGUCCGAGAAGAGCUGCUAUCGCAGGGAGCUUUGGAAUCCUCAAUCACGUUUGAGAAAUCUUUGAGCAUGCGGUAUUUCGGCACGGAUACCAACAUCUCGAUUCCCGAACCAGAUGAUGCAAACUAUGUCAAGGCUUUCGAAGCUGCCCACCUUAGAGAAUUUGCCUUUCAGCUAUCACGCGAAAUCGUUGUCGAGGCGAUUACGGUGCGAGGGAUUGGCAGCUCGGGAGAUGCAUCACGCCGGGAGACCCCUUUCACCGAACUCGAUCAUGUGAAGCGAAAUGGAGUCCAACUCAGGACGGCAAGCAGGCAAAAAGUGUUUACCGACGGAUCUUGGAUCAACGCCCCCAUUCAUAGGUUGACUCAUGAUCUUCAUGGCGGCAUAGCUGAGGGCCCAGCACUCGUGAUUGACGAUACUCAGACGAUCUUUGUGGAAUCGAAAUAUCGCGCUUAUUUUCUAUCGAACUACGUCGUUCUCGAGAAGGAGGAUUUCGAUCUGGAGGCAAACAUUUUAUCCUUGGAUCACGUUGAUCCCAUUCAUCUAUCGGUGUUCUCUCAUCGCUUCAUGUCGAUAGCCGAGCAAAUGGGCAACACACUGCAGAGAACUUCCAUCUCUACCAGUAUCAGGGAACGACUGGACUUCUCCUGUGCCAUCUUUUCUCCUGAAGGCGACCUUGUUGCAAAUGCACCACACAUACCUAUCCACCUGGGUAGCAUGCAGUUUGCCAUCAAGUACCAGCACCGUUUGUGGCAUGGCAAGCUGGAACCCGGCGACGUACUUUUGACGAACCACCCCGAAGCCGGGGGCACGCAUCUCCCGGAUCUUACGGUUGUCACACCUGUCUUCACCAACGACGGUCAGCUCGCAUUCUAUGUUGCUUCUCGCGGCCACCAUACCGACAUCGGGGGCAAAGGCAUUACUUCGAUGAUGCCGGAUUCGAGAGAGCUCUGGGAAGAGGGGCUCAACGUCAAGUCCAUGAAAAUUGUGAGUGGCGGCGAGUUCCUCGAAAACGACGUCCGCAGUGCCUUUGAGCGCGCCGGUUCCUUUCCUGGAUGCAGUCCCACCCGGCGAAUACAAGACAACAUAUCAGAUCUAAAGGCCAUGAUAUCAUCGAACCAGCGGGGAAUCGUUCUCCUGCGGAAACUCUGCGACGAGUUCACGCUCCCGGUAGUCCACACGUACAUGGCCGGCAUCCAGGCCAACGCCGAGGCAGCCGUGCGAGCCUUCCUGAUCCAGGUCGCACGAGAGCACCCGGACGGACUGAAGGCUGUAGACUGGUUUGACGACGGCACCCCCGUCGCGGUGACCAUCACGAUCGACGAGCAGACGGGCGACGCCGUCUACGACUUCGCCGGCACAGGGCCGCAGGUCUGGGGCAACUACAACUGCCCCGUAUCCAUCACCCACUCGGCCGUCAUCUACACGCUCCGGUGCCUGAUCGACCUGGACAUCCCGCUAAACGAAGGCUGCCUGAAGCCCGUCGACAUCCGGAUCCCCAAGGGCUCGAUCCUGCGCCCAGGCCCCAACGCCGCCAUCUGCGGCAGCACGCCCGCCAGCCAGCGCAUCAUCGACGUCAUCCUGCGCGCGUACGGCCGCGUCGCGGCGUUCCAGGGCUGCGCCAACAGCUUCGGGUGGGGCAUGGGCGGCCGCAACCCGGACGGCAGCAUCGCGCCCGGUUGGAAUUACGGCGAGAGUCUGGGAGGCGGCACCGGGGCGGGGCCCACGUGGCACGGCGAGCACGUCGCGCAGUGCCAUUCUACGAACACCAAGAACACUGAUCCUGAGGUCAUCGAGAAGCGCACGCCCGUCGUCGUGCGGCGAUACGCCAUCAAUCACGGCACGGGGGGACGUGGACGCUUCAACGGGGGCGAUGGCUGUGUGAGGGAGAUUGAAGCGAGGACGACGCUCAAGUUCAGUAUCUUGAGCGACCGACGUGUUUACAGGCCGUAUGGUCUCGAUGGCGGUGAGCCUGGGAGUGUUGGUAGGAAUUUUGCGUUCAAGUGGAAUGAGGACCACACGGCACUGGACAAAAUCAAUGUCGGCGGGAAAGCAGCCUUGAUCUUGAACGCUGGGGAGAUCAUGCAGAUCAAAACGCCUGGCGGAGGUGGAUGGGGUACAUGA